UCCCCCUCCUGCUCUAAUUCUUACAUGAUCUUCUUUAAAUUUAUGCAUCCCCUUAUCUAGUCAAAAAAAGUUCCACCACUGACACGCCUGUGAGUUCUUGCUUCCUCUCUGGGUGUCUGUUAAUCUUUUUCAAAACCAUCCUAAAGCAUGUUCAUUUAGAGCAAGACAUUGAUCCAGUAAUACAUCUAUGUAUGGAUCAGCUGCAGUUGAAAGAAAAGAGCACCCUCAAUUUCCAGUAAACUAGAUCUCCUUCACGGCAGAGUUUGGCCUUGGAUUUCUUCAACUUUUCGGGGGAGACUAUUUGAAGAGGCAUGAACAACGUAUAUGACGAAACGACAUCCACCAGAAAAGUAUUGAUCGCCUUCUUCCUCCUGGUCUUCCUUGUUUGCCUCCUGGUCUUCCUGUACAUGUGGCUGAACCGCAAGACUAAUGGCCAGUACACAGUCCGCCAACUGGUCUAUGGGCAGGAUGGGGCCAGGGACCGGAUCAUGGCUGGGGUCAGAGUCCUGGAAGUGCGGCUUGGGCGCCGGCUGUGGCCCCUUGGCGCGGAUGAGGAGGCCAUAAGAGAGGAGGAACACAAAAAUGAAGAGAGGGAUGUGGAGAGAGGGAGCGAGGGAAGGGAAAAUGAGGGGGAGGAGGAGGGCGAGGAGAGGGAAGACAGAGGGGAUGACUCGUCGGAUGACUACUCCAGCAUGGAGGGCUGUGACCUGAGGGAGAGAGCAAAGCUCACGGGUGAGAAGGAAGAGAUAAGAGAGCGUGAGGAGGAGAGAGAGGAGAAUAUGGAGGAAAAGUGGGAAAGCAAAGAGGAUGGAGAGAGUGAUGAGGGAGCAGUGGGAGGAGAAAAAAGUGGAGGAGGAGGUUUGCUGAUAGACCUGCAUCAGUUCUCUGGUAGUGCCAUCUGGUCUGAAGAUAGGAGUGAUGGGGGCAGAGACAAGGAUGAUGUGACUGCAUUGUGAGUGAAGGAUCAGUGAGGGAAAAUAGUUCCAUAUUUCAUCUUUGUACAGCAAUAGCGCUUGACUGUAGGUUUUGUCGUCAUUAUCAUCAUAAUUGUAAAUUGUAAACCUGACAAACCAGUGUUAAAACCAGAUUACAACAAUCAGAGCAAAGAGCAACAGAGACAAAAGUGUGUGAAAUAAUACAUCAAAGUGAAUAAACGGACUGACAAGAGCAACAAUUGCAGAAUGAAUACAUUAAACAAUAUUUUUUAGAUAUUAAAAGCUUUUUUAAAAGUUUCAUAUGAUGAAGCUCAGGUUUUGAGUGGCACUGUUUUCUGCAUUAGUCUUAUUACUAUUUUAAUGUUUGUGGCGCAGUGGUCUAAAGCACUGCAUAUCAGUGAUAGAGACCUUAUUAAAGACUCUCUGGUUCGAAUCUAGGCUGUAACACAACCAGCUGUGAUUAGAAGUGCUAUAUGUUGGCGCACAAUUGGCCUAACGUCAUCCGUUGUAGGCCCUCAUUGUAAAUAAGAAUUUUGUUCUUAACAGAUUUGCCUAGGUUAAAGGUUAAAUAAAAAUUCGAAAAAUUAAA